GAGACUCGCUAGGUUUGCCAAACCAGCUAGCCUAGGGGUCCUUUAGGAGAAAAUUCCCCAAAAAGCCCCUCUUCUUCUUCUUCUUCUUCUUCUGUCUUCUUUCCCCUUUUUCGUCCCUCUGAAAAUGGCUACGAGCUCGCAGUCAAGAAGAUCUAGCGGACCAGUCCUACGUUCUCUUUCACCUUGUGGAAGAUUUCCAACCCAUCAUACGAAUUCUUAUUUAUCAUCUUCCGCAUCAUCCUCUGCCUUUGCUUCUUCAACCAGUUCCAGUUUCUCUUCCCCACCAACUGCCUUUUUUAAUGCUAGCCACCAUAGAUCAGCUUCCCCUACUCGCGUUAAUCUCUACACGACGUCAUGUCCCAAUUCUCAUUCCUUUCGAUUUUCUAUUGGCAGAUCUAGUUCUCCUAAUCGGUCUAUAACGGUUACCAAACAGAAUAACCCGAUCUCUCUCCCGAAGAAGACUUGCAUGUGUUCUCCAACUACGCAUCCGGGAUCAUUUCGGUGUAGUCUGCACAAGAAUACUGGUGUUCAUAAUAAUGGAAGUGGUUCUGUACCGUAUACGCCCAACCGGCUGAACAUGAGGCGAUCGGCGAUGACGAAUUCACUUGUGAGAAUCGGUAGCGUCGAAGGUGAGUGGGUGAAGAGAGCAUUGACGGCGUUGAUUCGGCCGUCUUCGCAUCAGCAAAGGCGUCGUGCUGAUUUCCAGCCCAGGCCAAGUCGGCUCUCGGUUAUGUCGAAAGCCGAUGAUAUCUGAUUGUGGUUGGAAUUACAGCGCAGGGGGUGUAGGGCACCCGUAACGCUUGACUUUAACAAUCCCCUUACAUUGGCGGAUCGUGGGUCCUUUCAUCGUUACCGUUAUACGUCAUCCGUUGUACGUGCCGUUGUUAAUGCCGUUGCCGAAGCCUGUUGCUUUGUAUCGCGUGCGAGGUAUAUUCUUUGUAUUGUGCGUUUCUUUUUUUAAUCAUUAUUGACUUGUUUUGUGUUCCAUGUUUCAGGUCUGAAGCUUUGGUGGACAGUGGAAAUUGGGGGAAAAAAAAAAUUAAAAUUUAAACCGAUGAAAACUAUAAAAUGGUAAUUGUUUGCUUACCAGAGACGGAAAGAAUUUCAAAUGUACGAAGACAGCUGGAUUCAUUAAUUAUGUCUUACUAAAAAGGAGAAUAAUCCAGAAAAAAUAAAAGUAAAAAGGACAUCUAACCCUGCCCAUUACCGAUGACCUAACAUGGCAAGAAAGAACAAAAGGAAAGGUGAAAAUGAAGGAAUUUUGCUGGUUAACUGAAGGAGGAUUUACCUAGUACUUGUAAGUUGGAAGGUAACAUUUCAUAUAAUGACGUUCGGAGCAUUAAGCAUAGGAGAUAUUUUACUUGUCACGUUGUAGGCUGGCAUGUGGUGCGCCUAGAUAUCGUAUAGGGAGACGAUUAAACAAAUUCAGUGGGCGACCUUUUGAAGCCACUCGUGACUUUGGAAUUUUUCGUUUACAUUGAUUCGAAAGACAAGUCUUAUCACAGCCACGGAAUUCAGAGGAAUCGAUCCGAUUGGUUGUUCCCUUUGUGUUAUCGGACUUGAGUUGUGUUAUUACGCCCACCCCUUUCCAGGCACGAAGAAGAUAAGGCAAUCCGCAUUAAGAGGGCAAAUAUCGAAGCAAGUUUUCAAAUUCAGAUGCUUUACUUCCUCAUCAAACAUGGAAAAAAGAAAGAAGGUUAUUGGGGGGGACCGUUCAAUAGCUCGGGUGUAACACACAUAAGCGCUUGUUUGGAUUGAUGUAUAUCAUUGGACUUGUCCUCCUCAUAACUUAGGCGGGCUUCAAACUUUUCACAGAUUAUUCAAAACUAAAUCUAAAUCAAGGUUUAUGAGCUAGUUUAAGUUCAGAUAUAAAAGCACCAUAAAAAUCGAACUUUUUAGUUGAACGUAAGGACAAAUCUUUGAGUGGGUGAACACAUGUAGACGUUAAUACGUAUGUACAUGUAAUUAAUGGCUUUUUGGAAAAAGACUGGUCCACACACUUGAUUUUUCGCCGGAUUGUUCUGCAGUUGUGGAGAUAAGGAUGAGCUUCUGGAUCUCGAACCUGGAUAAGUGGAGAAAGAAAUGGGUACAAUUUUUUUUUUUUAAUAAUAUUUCAGCCUAUCAGAUAACCAAGUGCCACCCUCGAAAUCUGUGAUUUUAUGUCAAGGUUGUGAAAUCUCCAUAUCUCAAUUAAAAUCAAUUAAAAAUUAGUGAGAUUAAGACUA